AUGUCUCUCCAGACCGUCCUCUGCGUCGCCCUCUGCGGCCUGGCGAGCCUCGCCUCUGCAGCUGGCCGCCCCGUCCCCGACAAUCUCAUGGCUCUCUACGACUAUGCAAAGAACAACCAGUGCGACAAGCCUCUUAGCAGCAACCGCUUCAAGGACGGCCAUGGACGCAGCGGAUUCAUGUACUGCGGCGACUAUAAGGGUGUCGUCUACCUGAGCGGUCCCCCCAGCCCUAUGGGCCGCCUGGGAGACGCAGACGUCGACUGCGACGGCGCCAACAGGUCGAAGGGAGACUGCGCCAACGAUUUGACGGGUCAAGGUCAGACGACGUUCAAGGACGAGCUGGCAAGCUACGGCAUCGACGACCUCGACUCGAACCUGCAUAGUUACGUCGUCUUCGGCAACGAGGGCAAGAAGCCAUCUUAUCUCCCCUCAGACUCAGGCAUAGAGCCCCUCAGCGUCAUUGCCGUCGUCUGCAACAACAGACUGUUCUACGGCAUAUGGGGCGAUACAAACGGCAACACCGACACAGGCGAAGUAUCCAUCUCUCUCGCCCAGGCCUGUUUCCCCGAAAACCACCUAACUGGCAACAACGGCCAUGAAGCCCACGAUGUCCUCUUCGUCGCCUUCGAGGGCGAAGAUGCCAAACCGGGCGUCAACGGCGCAGACUGGAAGGCAGACAACUUUAGCACCUUUGAGGAAUCACUCGCUCCUAUCGGGGAUCGCAUGGUUGCUAAGAUCGGCGAGAAGGCGCCGUCGUCGAUGGGCGUGGCGAUGCUGGCGCCCAGCAGCCUGCUUUGUGGGCUGGUUACUAUCGUGCUGGUUACUAUCACUCUUAUCGCGGGAUGUUGA